AUGAGUGAUUUUGAUGGAUCAUUACUUCAACAAAUGCUUCCGGAAUAUUACCGACGACUUUUUCCAUUCGAAUAUUUCAGCAAAUGGUUAACAUAUGGCAAAGAUUUACAAACCUCAUUUCAAAUGCGAGAGAUAGCAUUUAUUUUUGAAGAUGAUCGGCAUGCGCGGUAUCGUAGUUUUGAAAACAGUACGGAGCUCGAACGAGAGUUGUGCAAAGUAAACCCACAAAAGAUCGAUAUUGGUGCAGUUUAUAACUAUAAACCAAAAGACCAUAAAAAAUUUGCUGAUUUUCAUCCAGUUGAACGCGAACUCAUUUUCGAUAUUGAUUUAACUGACUAUGAUGACAUUCGGACAUGCUGCUCAAAAGUAAAGGUAUGCAGAAAAUGCUGGAGGUGGAUAUCCAUUGCAGUGGGCGUUUUAAAUCAUCUGCUGCAAAAACAUUUCGGUUUCAAGCACUGUUUAUGGGUAUUUUCUGGUCGACGCGGUAUCCACUGCUGGGUUGCUGAUGCUGCUGCACGGAAGCUUCAGAAUGCUGGUCGAACGGCAGUUGUUGAGUAUCUGUCUCUGGUUACUGGCGGGCAGAAAAUUUCGAAAGCAGCAGUAAGGCGUACGUAUGUUCAUCCUAUGAUAGAAGAAGUAUAUGGAUACUUGGUGCAAAGCUCAAAUGUAAGCGAAUUAAUGUUAGAACAAGGCUGGAUGAGUGAUGAUGGAUUGAUGUCUUUACUGGACGGUUGCAUAAACGAAGAAGUUGAAAAAGAAAUCAGAGAAACUAUAGAUGAAGUGAAAACUGUUGAUUGUUUGAAGAAAAGAUGGAAUGCGCUACGAAUAAAAUUUGACAAAUAUAAACGUGCUGAACUCAAGAAAAAUGGGAUUGAAUUGUGCGAGGCAGCCAGUCCCCAGUCAUCAUUCCAUUUCCGUGGUUAUCUGCUGCAGCGUACGUAUCCUCGUUUGGAUAUUCAUGUUUCUACAGGAAUAAACCAUUUGCUCAAAGCACCCUUUUGUGUGCAUCCUAAAACUGGACUUAUAGCUGUUCCUGUUAAUCCAAAUCAAAUAUCUGACAUAAAUCUUGCAAAGUUACCACGCAUAGACACUUUAUUGCAUGAAGUUUUAAAACUUGGUUACAAUGGAGAAUCAGAGAAAGACCGGAAGAAUUUCGACAUUAAACAUUGUUCGCUGAGGCCAUAUGUCGAGACAUUUGAAGAAUUUGUAAAUAAUUUGAUUUUUGAUGAACAACGUCAUUCAUAG